AUGGGCGCCACUAGCAUGAGUCCUGCCGAGCGACUGCGCGCCCAACUCGCAGACCCAAAUUUCCUGACUGUCGCGUUAGGGGUUUACGAUGGUGUGCAAACCGUAGGAACCUCGGUCAAAGCGGAGUUCGCUAAUCUGUCUCAAGGAAUCUCUGCAAGGACAGCGCUAGAGACGAACCCUCCAGCCUUGUACAUGUCAGGAGCGGCCACCGCCGCUAGUAUGCUAGGCCAACCGGAUCUAGGAAUCGCUACUCAAGAGCACUUCAUUCAAAAUUUGAAUAUGUUAACUUCGAUCGCCGGCAACACUCCAGUCAUUGCCGAUGCUGAUACUGGAUUCGGAUCGGUCCUCAACAUUGCUCGUACCGUCGAGUGUUACGAGAGGGCCGGAACUGCCGCCCUGCAUAUCGAAGACCAGGUGAUGCCCAAGCGAUGUGGACAUCUGAAAGGAAAAGAAAUUGUGUCACGAGAGGAGUGGAGGGCACGAUUGAAGGCGGCGGUGAGUGCGCGUUCAGGCAAGCCCUCGGCGCCCUUGAUCAUCGCACGGACGGAUUCUAUACAGGGCCAUGGGUUGGAUGAAGCCAUCGAGCGUAUACGUAUAGCAGGGGAGGUUGGAGUCGAGAUCGGAUUUGUCGAAGCCCUCCUAACCAAAGAAGAUGCUGUUCGUGCUGUUCGUGAGCUUGCUCCAAUGCCCCUGGUGUUGAACCUGCCUACGCACGGCGCCACGCCGGACUUCACAAAUGCCGAGGCGAAAGAAAUGGGCUUCAGAAUCACAUGGCAUCCUCUAGCUGGAGCGGUAUCGGCAGUGCAUGCCCUUAGAAAUGCAUACGGCGAGGUCAUGAACAAGGGAACGGAUGUAGCCACCGCUCAGGGAAUGGGUCCACGAGAAUUCUUCCAAGUUAUGGGCUUGGGUGAUGCGAUUGCCUUCGAGAAAAAGAUUACAGGAGGCCCCUUAUAUGUUCUUGUCACGCUUUACUUGCUCGGCCGGCUCCUCAGCGUGCGGUAUCUGACACCAUUGCGAAGAGUACCCGGCCCAUGGCUGGCAAGCAUCACAAGACUAUGGAAGGUCCAGAAAGCCUUCGCAGGGGAUAUGCAAUGGGUGAAUAUCGACCUGCACAAGCGCUAUGGCCCCAUUGUUCGCAUUGCUCCCGAUGAAGUCAGCACAGAUGAUCCUGGAGAGAGCCUCAAGGUAAUCUACGGCCAUGGAUCACAGUACAAAAAGGCACGCUGGUACGAAGCGUCGGAUGCACCAGGCGACUACUCUUUGUUCACCGACGCCAACAUCCAACGGCACGCGCAUGACCGCCGGAUGGUUGCCGCCGGGUUUUCGAUGACCGCGCUCAUGGAGAUGGAGGGCUUUGUAAGCAAUUGCGUGGCUAUAUUUGAGACUCGUUUGGACGAGUUUGCAGAUCAGAAGGAGCCUAUCGACAUGGGCAACUGGCUCCAAUGUUAUGCCUUUGAUGUGAUCGGAGAGAUCACGUUUGCCAGGCGGUUCGGCUUUCUAGACCGGGGCAAGGAUGUGGGAAAUAUCAUGAAGGCCCUGGACGGAUUUCUGUCUUAUUCUGCCAAAUGGGCAUGGUCCUAG